ACGGAACUCCGCUUUCUUCAUCUCCCGGGACAAACCGCAUCCAGCACGCUGGAGGUGACCGUCACUGAGGCAUUAAUUGCUCGCGUGGACAGCACCGCCGUUCUCGUGAGCCUCGGUAGCGAAAUGGAGAUGGAGCACUUCGACGAGCGGGACAAAGGUCAGAGGCACGGCCGCUCCAGUGCGAAGAUGAACGGCGUGCCGAGCCCCACGCACAGCGCCCACUGCAGCCUGUACCGGACCCGGACCCUGAAGACCCUGAGCGAAGGGAAGAGGGCCAAGAAGGUCCGCUUCUACCGCAACGGGGACCGCUACUUCAACGGGAUCGUGUACGCCAUCUCCGCUGACAGAUUCCGGACCUUUGACGCCCUGCUGGCUGACCUGACCCGCUCCCUGUCCGACAAUGUCAACCUGCCGCAGGGCGUCAGGACCAUCUACACCCUGGAUGGCACCAAGAAGAUCACCAGCAUCGACCAUCUGGUUGAAGGCGACAGUUAUGUGUGCAGCUCCAUCGAAGCAUACAAGAAGUUGGAUUACACAAAGAACGUCAACCCAAACUGGUCGGUGAACGUCAAGGCCCCAGCGGCGUCGUCCCGCGGGCCUCCCUCCCUGGGCAGCGCGAAGGCCGGCGGUCCAGAUGGCCGCGAGAACAAGGAGUUCAUCCGUCCGAAGCUGGUCACGGUGGUGCGAAGUGGGGUGAAGCCCCGCAAAGCUGUGAGGAUCCUGCUGAACAAAAAGACAGCCCACUCCUACGAGCAGGUCCUGACUGACAUUACUGACGCCAUCAAGCUCGACUCUGGAGUGGUGAAGAAGAUCUACACGCUGGAGGGCAAACUGGUGUCCUGCCUGCAGGAUUUCUUCGGCGAUGAGGAUAUUUUUGUGGCUUGCGGACCCGAGAAGUUUCGCUACCAGGACGACUUGAUGCUGGAUGAAAGUGAAUGCCGUAUGAUGAAGUCAGUAACCUAUGGAAAGAUGUCUGGCUCCCUGACCCGAUGCUCCCCCAGGGCCAUCGUCCAAUCGCGGCGCAGCAAGUCCCCAGCAUCUGUGAAUGGGACGCCGGCCAGUCAGCUGUCCACUCCUUACUCGGGAAAAUCUCCCAGCCCCUCCCCAACCAGCCCGGGCAGCCUCAGCCGACGCCGGGGGUCGCAGGGUUCUUCCACCUCUCUGUCUUCCACUAAAGGUUCCAGUCCAGUGGAAGAUGGGGACGAGCUCGUCACCGAAGCCGAGGUCCUGGUCGAUGAGGUUCCAGCUGUGCCGUCCUACAUAUCAGACCGCUACAAGGUGGGGCGGAUGUUAGGAGAUGGCAACUUCGCGGUGGUACGGGAAUGUGUGGAGCACUCCACCGGACGGGAGUACGCCCUGAAGAUCAUCAACAAGGGCAAAUGCAGAGGCAAGGAGCACAUGAUCCAGAACGAAGUGGCGAUUCUCCGCAGGGUCAAACAUCCAAAUAUCGUCUUACUCAUUGAGGAGGUGGACACCUACAGCGAACUUUAUCUUGUGAUGGAGUUAGUCAAGGGGGGAGAUCUGUUCGAUGCCAUCACGUCGGCCAACAGAUACACGGAGAGAGACGCCAGCGGCAUGCUCUACAAUCUGGCAAACGCCAUCAAAUACCUCCACAGCCUCAACAUUGUGCACAGAGACAUCAAACCAGAAAACCUGCUGGUGUAUGAACAUGCAGAUGGAAGCAAGAGCUUGAAACUGGGAGACUUUGGCUUGGCGACGGUGGUGGACGGACCCCUCUACACUGUCUGUGGUACCCCAACAUAUGUAGCACCUGAAAUCAUCGCAGAGACAGGGUAUGGCCUUAAGGUGGACAUCUGGGCAGCGGGAGUCAUCACUUACAUCCUGCUGUGCGGUUUCCCACCCUUCCGAGGGAGCAGUGACGAUCAAGAAGUGCUGUUUGAUCAGAUCCUCAUGGGACAGCUAGAGUUUCCUCUCCCCUACUGGGACAACGUCUCAGAGACAGCCAAGGAGCUGAUCCGAUCCAUGCUGGAGGUAGAGGUGGAUCAGAGAUACACGGCUCUCCAGGUGCUGGAACACCCCUGGGUCACUGAUGAAGGUCUAUGUGAGAACGACCACCAGCUGUCAGUAGCAGGAAAGAUAAAGAAGCACUUCAACACCAGUUCGAAGGCCAACGACACCGACGCAGGAGUGUCAGUCAUCUCUCUGGAUGACAGCUUUUCUAUGCAGCGAUCUGGGUCGUUGGAUUUCUACCAGCACCCGGCCAUGUACUGGAUAAGGCCACCUCUCUUGAUAAGGCGGGGCAGGUUCUCAGACGAGGACGCCACCCGGAUGUGAGGCCUUUGCAAACGAUGCCGACUGUGAAUUCAGCAACAACAACAACAACAACAACAACAACAACAAACAGACUUGGGGCGGAGCCUCCCAGUUGCCUCCCCGGCCUGCCCACUGCCCCUUCCUCUCUUCCCCCCGACUCUUUCUCUGACCCCAGCCCCCCAUCUGACUCUGACGAUGUCUCCAUCAGCUCCGCCAGCACCGUCUGCUCCCCCAACUCGCCCUUCUAGAGAGGAGACGGAGGCGUGCAGAGA